AUGCAGGCUCGCUACUCCGUCUCCAGUCCCAACUCACUGGGCGUCGUGCCGUACAUCAGCAGCGACCCCAGCUACUACCGGGCCGCCGCCGGAGGGGGAUACACAGGGAUGCCAGCACCUAUGAACAUGUACUCUCAUGCGGCUCAUGACCAAUACCCUGCCAGCAUGGCUCGGGCUUAUGGACCAUACACUCCCCAACCCCAGCCCAAGGAUAUGGUCAAACCUCCCUAUAGUUACAUUGCGCUCAUCACUAUGGCUAUCCAAAACUCGCCUGACAAGAAAGUGACCCUAAAUGGGAUUUACCAGUUUAUCAUGGAGAGGUUUCCAUUUUACCGUGACAACAAGCAGGGCUGGCAGAACAGCAUCAGACACAAUCUGUCCCUGAAUGAGUGUUUUGUCAAGGUGCCCCGUGAUGAUAAAAAACCCGGUAAAGGCAGCUACUGGACCCUGGACCCAGACUCUUACAACAUGUUUGAAAACGGGAGCUUCUUGAGGAGGAGGCGACGAUUCAAAAAGAAGGACGUGAUAAAAGAGAAAGAAGAGCGGCUACAGAAGGAUCUGCCGCCGAGGCAGCAAGGCCGGGAGCAGGAGCAGUCGGUGCAGGGCUCCCAGCCUGUGAGGAUCCAGGAUAUUAAGACAGAGAAUGGGACUGUGACGCCACCACAGGCCGACUCGCCCUCUUUGAGCACCGUGCCCAAAAUCGAGAGUCCAGACAGCAGCAGUAUGUCCAGUGGGAGCCCUCACAGCAUCCCCUCCAGUAGAUCCAUCGGCAUGGACAGCUCUGAGCACCACCAACACCAUGGUCAGGCCUCGACGCAGGGCUUCAGCGUAGACAAUAUCAUGACCUCCCUCCGGGGGUCCCCACAAGGGGCCACUGAGCUCACCCCCAGCCUCACCGCCUCCAGCAGGACAGGUAUAACACCGUCUUUGUCCUUAAACUAUUCUCCAAGUCAGACAUCUGUCUAUAGUUCCCCUUGUAACCAAAACUCCAUCUCCACUACCUCCAAUGCAACCUAUCAUUGUAACAUGCAAGCCAUGAGCUUGUACGCCGGGGACAGAUCUAGCCACUUGGCACCGAGUACCACCGUGGACGAAACGUUGCCAGAUUACUCAGUCACUACCACCUCAUCCUCCCUGACCCACGGUAAUCUAAACUCUGGGCAGGAGGGCCACCAUCCCCACCAAGGGAGGCUGACCUCAUGGUACCUCAACCAGGCCGGAGACCUGGGCCACCUGGGCGCAGCUUAUCCAGCACAGCAGCAGAACUUCCAUUCAGUCCGAGAGAUGUUUGAAUCCCAAAGAAUUGGCUUGAAUAAUUCACCGGUGAAUGGGAAUAACAGCUGUCAGAUGUCAUUCCCACCGAGCCAGUCCAUCUAUCGCACUUCGGGAGCUUUCGUAUAUGACUGUAGCAAGUUCUGA